UUGUUCAUUCUGGUCCCCUUCUGGUCUCUGUUCAUUUAAAAAGUAUUCAUGGAAUCAACAAACUGGCAAACCACUCUUUCUACUCCCAAAGAACGGUUUGAGUAUGUUUUCAAGAAUUCUUUAUUUUGCGAUGUUGAGUUUUCUGUGGUAGAUGAAUCUGGCGUCAAGGUCACCAUUUCCGCCAAUAAAUUCAUGCUUGCUACAGCGAGUCCUGUGUUUGCUGCUAUGUUUUAUGGUCAUUUAGCAGAGAAAACAUCAACUAUUGACUUGCCAGACUGUAGCAAACAAGGCAUUUACGAAAUGCUUCGCUACGUGCACUGUGAAGAAGUGAGACUUACUGAAAAUAACAUUGUUGAAGUUCUUUACGUUGCAGAAAAGUACAUGAUGCCGUUUCUGGUUGAGAAAUGCAAAGAACACAUAGAUAAAUACCUUAAACCGGAACAUGUUUUGACUGUUCUUCCAAAAAUAAAAGAAAUAUGUGAUGAAAGGAUAGAGAAACGCUCCUGGGAGAUCAUAGAUUGUGAAACCUUGGCAGUAGUUACCUCGAGUUCAUUUUUGCAAUUGUCCAGUGAUACCCUUUGCCAAAUUCUAGCAAGAGAUGAGCUUACAAUAAAGGAAGUGGAUUUGUUUCUUGCUGUAAACAGAUGGGGAAACAUGAGGAUGAGGGAAAAGGAGCUUGAGGGAUGUGGAAAAACAAUGAGAGAUGCUCUUGGAGAAGAUGUUAUGAAAUUGAUUAGAUUCCCAUUGAUGUCCCUUAAAGAGUUUUCGAUGAAUGUGCUACCAACAGAGAUCCUUACAAUGAAAGAAGUCAUUGAAAUCACUCAGGCUAURAGUUUUGUUGAAACAGCUACAUGUAUGUAUUCUUCUAAGGGAAGAGACAUCAGAAAACGUAAAACGGAAAGUCGUUUUUCGUCUGUUAAUGCCCCCGCCAAAAAGUCAAUCUGGUACGAUGGAAAGCGAGUGGAUGCAGUUGACUUUCUUGUAAGUCAAAGUGUUUAUCUGGCUGGUGUUGAGCUGUUUGGAAGUAAGGGUUCUAGUUAUGUUGUCCAGCUAGACCUGUACAGACGUGGUUCUGACGACCUAACCCUAACCCUGUACAGACGUGGUUCUGACGACCUAAUCUCAAGAGCAAACAGAACUGUUGAAACAGAUAAAGUACCAAUGAAUGGAGAGUAUUAUGGAUUUGAUGUUUGUUUUGAAAGACCAGUGAGACUUGUGCAAGGCUGCCGUUACACUGUUAAAGCUAUUAUAAAUGGCCCUUGUUCCUACCAUGGCUUGAAUGGUAAAAGGGAGAUCCAUCAUGAUGAUGUUAAUAUUUCGUUUGCUACCUCUCACUUUAACACCGGCGGUCAUACUGACGCAAGACGUGGUCAGUUUAGUAAAUUUAUUUUCCAAUAGCAUUAUGCAUUUGGGAAGAAAGUACACUUUUCAACAGAGAUUGUUUUAUCUUCUAAGAAUCAAAACCAGGUUUUUGGUCUCUUGGGUCUCUAAAUGUUUUCAUAAGUGAUAACUUUGUUUUCAUGAGUGCACAAUAGUCUUCUUGAUAGCUCCCUGUAUCAUCUUGUUAGGUAAYAGAUGUGCUUUUAMAAUCAGUCAAGACAACUAGGUGAGCCUGCAAUAAUUGAUACSUGUGAAUAACUGUCUUACAGCAAACGGUUUCUAUUACGGCAGGCUCAACUCAUUUUUCUCAUUGAUGCAACGGCUUGGCUACCUUUAGUUAUUGAUUGUUGUGGGAAUGUUUUUAUCAUUACAAGUUCACUAUUAUGAGAMACACAUUUGUUAAGCUUACUUGUCUAGUUGUAUUGUUUGAACAUUUUUAUUCAGUAACACUUACAGUUGAAUUAUUAAUAAUAUUUACAAGAUAAUGCACUUUCUCUCAUCAAAUAUACAUUUUUCAGUUAAGCAUCUAGUGUUAAAACUUUAGAAUGUACUUUAAUUUUGUGUAUAUCUAGGGGCCUGAUUUAUAGGGUACAAUUGUUGCAUGAGACUCAUAGUACUCAACACAAAUGAGCUCCAAAUCAUGCCAUGUAAAUCACUUGCCUACAAAAGUCAUACACAAUCUAUGACUUGUCGCAGGAAAGUCACAUACUGCAAGUCGCACGUGACAAUUAUACCAUAUAAAUCCGCCUUUAUAAACCCUGAAUGCAUUCAAUACAAUUAUCGCAUCCCCUGAAUUUAAAGUUGAUUGUUCAUUUUACAAGGUGUUGCCUACAUUGUCAAAUACAUCUUAUUUGUAUUUAAGAGCUCUUUCAGGUCAAAAAAGAAUAAUACUUCUGGGCUUUUAACAAUAGAAUAUUCAAGUAAUAUCAUUUUAUUCACAGUGUACUCUAGUAAGGCAAAAAUAGUUCCAUCUCAGGCCCUUCUAAACAUUUCAGGUUCAAAAUUUGCCCCCAACUUGAUUCCAUCAGAAAAGUGAACAAUGUCAAGACUAUUAUUGCUCGCUAAUCAACAUCAUGGAUUUAAUGAUAUAAA